AUAAGAGAUGCUGAACACAGAAGUGUGUCUGAAGUGGUUAGCUUCACAACACCAGGCUGUGAACCAGACCCUCCUCUUGCACCCACACUGCUUAGCAGAACCAAGAACAGCCUGACUUUACAAUGGAAAGGUUCCAAUGAAAAUGGAUCUAAACUAAGCAGCUUCCUUUUGGAAUGGGAUGAGGGUAAAGGUGAAGACUUCAAAAGUUGUUAUAAUGGGCUCCUGAAACAGCACAAGCUCUUUAAACUGAGCCCUUCAACAAAGUAUUCCUUCCGAUUAGCUGCCAAAAAUGACUUUGGCUGCAGUGAUUUCAGUGAAACAGCGGUCUUCUAUACAUCAGGAAAUCCGCCUCCACCACCACUGCCACCUAAGUUGAAAGAAGCAGGAAUCUACAGUUUGUCUCUAGAGUGGUGUGCCCCAACAAACCCAAACCCAAAUGGCACUCUUACUUAUGUGCUAGAGAUGGAGGAAGAAAACUUUGGAAUAGGCUUCAAACCUACAUAUGAUGGAGAAGACCUCACCUGUACCAUAAGAAAUCUUCAGAGAAAUACUACGUACAAGUUUCGGAUUUUUGCCUGCAAUCUGGAUGGAAGGAGUAAACCCAGUGGAGAAGUAAAAUAUACUACUCUUCCAGCUAGGCCUGGAUGCCCUAAAAAGCCAUAUGUAGUGGGAGCAAUUCAUGCACGCCAAGUGACAAUUGGAUGGGACUUACCGAAAGACAAUGGUGGAAUGAACAUUUCAUGUUACAGCCUACAAAUUUGUGAAACUUCAGAUGGUGCAAAUCUCUGGAAAAUAAUCUACAAUGGCACUCUACAGGAAUUUCUGUAUGAUGACCUCCAACCAGGCACCACAUAUAAACUGAGAGUCUUUUGCACUUCCCCUGCAGGCCAAAGCCGUCCUUCAGAUGUAUUGACUAUUCAGACACCUACUCUUCCUCCUGAGUCUUGCCAUUCACAGCCCUUCCGUGGUAAAACCAAGGGCAAGGAUGCCAACCUUCCUGACAAUUGUUCUGUUAAUGGGAAGCUGAAAGCAUCUGUGUGCGACAAAAAAGCAAAAGGUCCUCAUCAGGACAGAAAAGAGUGCCCCAGCUCUAAAAAGAAAUGUGCAGCCACAAAAACUAAAAAUAAUAGCUCAAAUAUCUAUCAAUUUUCUGUCAUUUACCGUGGGCCAGAUGUGACUCACAAAGUACAAAAGUUGAGUGAGUAUACAGGAUACAAGUUUAAAAUCCAGGCAUGUAAUGAAGCUGGGGAAGGACCAGAGUCUGACAUCUACACUUUCACUACUACAAAGUCCCCACCCACUGCACUUAAAGCACCUAAAGUCCAUCCACUGAAUAACAACUGUUGUGAGAUCAAAUGGGAGUCUUUGGAGCCAAUUGAAGGUGAUCCCAUUGUUUACUGCCUUCAAGUCAACACUGGAAAAAAGGCUAUUCAGAUUUACAAAGGACCGAACACUUCCUUUUCCUUUUCCAACUAUCAUGCAAAUUCACGCUAUCGCUUCAAGGUCUGUGCAGCACGCAGAUAUGAAACCUCCAACGGUCUUCAAGAGCUGUGGGGGCCAUAUAGUCCCAGUGCUCUUUUCUCAACUUAUAAGCAUCACUCUGGGCAUGGAAAAGGCAAUGGGGGUAAAGGAAAAGGCAAACACAAUGAGAAAGUGGGAAAGUACAGGAUAGGGUUUGCACUUAUUGCUGUUUUGUGUGCUGUUGCUAUUCAGUACUUCCUUUUCAUAUAUUCAACCAUUUAG